CUUGAACAACGCUGCCGAAGGUGUGGUAGAUGAGAAAAUAACAAUACCGGGAGUCCCACCCGGAAUGGAGAUUCCUGCCAAGUGGGCGAAAGAUUGAUAGAAGUUCAUGUGGUUUUGUGCUACCGAUCAAUCAAUAUCCAUACACUGUCAGAGGAGCACAACAAUAGGUGCAAUUGUGUGUUUUUUUUUGCUCUGCCUGCAACACAAUGGACGCGCAAAGGUGGAGCCAUCAGGUGCGUCUGCUUUAUGGACAUCUUUGCAGAUGAGAAAAACAAAAACACUUGGAAAGGCUUGUAUACACGGCGGGUUGCGUUUAGUUUCAUUUGAGCAGGAUUAACCGACCUGGAGCUUAUCGAUCAUGUUGGGCCAGGUAAUUGGGGAUUAGAUAAUGAUAUUUUCAAUCCCUUGCCCAUAAAUUUGAGGAUCAUGAAGGUUGAUGUGAGUAAUGAUCUUUGCUGCUUACGCGUUUGUUUUUGCCACUUGUUUUUUUUGUGUUGACCACGCAGUUUAUGGUGCUGCCGUGUGUGUUAUGUUUGUUUUGCGGUUUGUUUUUCCAACCAGGAGUUCCAUCCAACGGGUCGCUAGCUUAGUCUAGGGCUGCUGCUGCCGCACCGGACUCAGUACCACAUGCUACGGUAGAUAAGAUAAGCCCAACUAGCCUACCGAAAAUCGAUACUGGAUGUGAAGCCCAAACUAGGCAGGAAGGAAGGAAAACGGAUGGAUUGCUUUAGGAUUAUAAAAAUCCCCAGGUUUUUUUUUGCUCCCCAAAAUGGAUUAAGUUUGCAGAUGUCGCUACACUGUAACACUGGCUCCUUCCGGGGAGGUUGGUUUGCUGGAGAGUGAUGAAGACAUACCACGCAGCAAGACAAGUGUUUGUACCAUCAUUUCCCACUUGCUGCAUGCUCACAUAUCAGUCGCGUUUGCUAAUCUGAUCGUAACAUUAUUGUUUCGUUUAGCUUAUCCGAUCGAAAUCGCAUAUCAGAUAAGUGAGCUGUUGCGAGAUAGCUACGUUUGUGUUCGGGGUGCUGGGUGUUACAGCUUCAGAUCGUGCUGGUAGAUGCAGCGUCCGUGCUGUUCGGGCUCGUGCUAAUGCACAAACGACGUCGAUCGUUUCGAAGCAGCAAUUUAUGAGCAAACAACAAAUUUGUCUCAGCACGGUCGGGUACGGGCUGUUCGUGCUGUUCCAGCAACACACGUCACUGAGCGCUGAGGGUUAAACCGAGACAAACAAACAAGACGUGAGUGAUUGCGGAGGAUCGAUUGCAAUUUUUGGGAAGUGUUUGACUGCCCAUGACGAUCUUCCUGAGGAUCCUCGUUUUACUGGUAAAAAUCAGCCCUUGCGUUCUGGUGCACGACCGCGUAGGUAGAAUCGGGUUCAGAACGGAAUUCCGCACGAAACCGUGGUGGCGGAAACUUACAAAAACAAAAUCGUAGCAAAACUACACCAAAACCUCAUAGACAAACAAACUGCUCGGAGGUUGCCCGAGUAAGGCAAAAAAAAAGCGCUUAUGGGCCUGACUUUACCGCACGGUUCGGAGUUUAUUGCAGUUCAAACAAGAAUGCAACUGGAGGAACUCUUGCCCGGGAGGGGGGGUUCUGAGAGACCCGGAGAAAACGAGCGUGGGCUAACUGGUGGUGACGGGUGCGAACUGUACGGCCUGCGGAGAGGUGAGUUGGAGGUGUGGGGCGGACGCUGGAAAUCUGCACCCUCUGGACAAACAGAGGCCGAUGACGAAGGCAACUGGCAAGCGCGCGAGGGCUUAUUUCCUUCCCCGGGCUAUUCCGGAUGGACGAACCAAAACCACACCGCCAUACCGUACCAGGUCGGCCAAUGUUGAUUUUGGCCUCAAAGCCAUGUGUGUGUUGUUUCAUGUUUUGUACAAUAUUAUGUGUGUGUCUACGAUGUCGCUCUUGCUUUUUUUUGUGUGCUUCCUCUCGGUCUCUCCCAUUUCGGAACAUCUCGGCAUCGGCAAACGUCCGCCAUCUACACCGGAUUCAGUACGGGGAGCAUGGCAUAGUGGUGUGCCGGUUAGUGAGCCGUACGCCCCGAAUACCACUGAACACGGGUCUUGUCACGGGUCGGUCAUCCGGAUGUCAUCGGGCAUUACGGGUUUAAGGCUUGCGAUGGAAACGUCUAACGAGCCAAAGGAACAGGAGCAGGCGCCCAGUUCGGAUGUGUCUGCCGGCGUGCAUCAAACCGUUUCACAUCAACCGGUAAGCGUAUCGCAAUCGUCACACACGCUCACCGAAGUACCGGUGGAUGAGAUGAUCGUCAACUCGGAACUGCACCCGGGCUCGGAGCGAAGUUCACCCGGCCAGCAGACGGCUGUGAUCAUCAACCAGCAUAAACAGCGAAUGAUCACCACGACGGGCCAAAUUAGGGAGAUCUCGGAAGGACAGGAACCACCCAACGAGUCAUCGGAUUACGAAACGGUGGAGUAUCACCAAACGGUUCAAUCGGCGGGUGGUGUGGAGCAGCACGGGUACAGCUAUGAGACGAGCCAUGCCACUAGUCAGGAUCAGGGUGUAGUGGUGAGUGCGGCCAGCACCUCCGCCUCAGCUCCGAGCGUGCAGAUUGUCAAGCGGGAAAUGAUCGAAAAGGAGGCGGCAAUGGCGGCAGCAGCAGCAGCAGCAGCAAACAGCGCAUCAGAAACCACCAUCAUACCCGUCCAAACGCAGACCAUCUAUGUGGAGUACAAGAAUGAUGGCGAGGAACCGGUGCGAUACGUGAACCGCUACGAGGACGUCAAGUAUCCACAUUCGCGGUACAUCUACCAGCAGCCAGCGGUUGGAUUGGCGCUCCCAUCGACACUGCACACGGGCUCGGGACAUCCGCACGUGUCGCACCAUCCCCAUCAUCACCAUCAUCAUCAUGCGCACCACGGACAUGGGAUGGUUCCGCCCGGACAUCAAACCCACCAUCACGUACAUCCACAGUCGGCACAGGUACAGCAGACGAUUGAAGCGGUUUCUCAACACCCAUCGAGCGUUGCAUCCCAGCCCGGCUCAACGAUUCAGGUUCAGGCACAACCGCCUCAUCAUCAAACUAUCCAGGUGUACGAGACGCACGAAGGAUCUGGUACGGUGGGUGAAGUGCAGCAGGUAGCGGAAGGUACCGUCGAUGCAAAGACACACUACACCAACCUGGAACCGGUGCAUACACUAGCGUCACCUCAGAACUAUUACAUCACGUCCGAUGGUUACACGACCGGGAACUACACCACGUUCCUGCCGCAGAAGGAAAUCUACUACAAUUCACCGAGCCCCAAUCCGGUGCUGUACAAGGGCGAGCCGAUGCUAACCUCGUCGUCAAUCAUUACCAAGCAAAUUCACUACACACCACCGAUUCCGAACUCACAGAAUAUGUACGAAAAUGCCACCGGGCAUAGUAGUAGCUCGCCGGGUGCGCAACAGAUUUAUCAGGGCUAUUGGAAUGGUGCAGGAGUCGAUUACAAUACGAACUUUACCGGAACGAUCGUGAUGGACAAUGCGGGCGGCAAUGUGGGAGAGUACGCGGCAAACGGGCAGCACAGUUGGCAGAUUAGCUCCCUGAACGAAGCAUACGAUCCCCAGCUGGCGGCUCCACCGGAACACCGCGAGUGUGUGAACUGUGGCAGCUCCGAUACACCACUCUGGCGACGGGACAUCGUUGGCCAUACGCUGUGCAAUGCGUGCGCCCUGUACACGAGACAGAAUCCGGGCACGAACCGGCCACCGAAUCGGUCGCAGAAAGCCAAACAAGCGGUGAAAACACCUCCAGCUCAGGGUAACCGGCGUUCGGGUGUGACGUGCGCGAACUGUCAAACCACCACGACAACGCUGUGGCGCCGGAACAAUCAGGGCGAUCCGGUGUGCAAUGCGUGCGGGCUGUACUACAAACUGCACAGCGUAAACCGUCCGAUCACGAUGAAGAAGGACGGCAUCCAGACGCGAAAGCGCAAACCCAAAUCUAGUCAGCAGAUACAACCGAUGAACGGGCUUAAUACAGGGAAACUGCUACCAUCGAUGAUACCGUCCCAGUAUCACUCGAUCUCGACCGAACCAAAGCUACUGAACACCAGCCAACCGCAUCUGUCGACGUCCCAGCCGAUGGAGCUGCACAACUCACCCGGCCAGGAUCCACGGUACGUGGACAGUUCGCCCGGUGCGCCCGGUGGCGGCAAUUCGUCGCCUCAUCUCGCUCCCGUUCCUAACAACCUGGCACGUCACAUACCAAUAUCUGUACCAUCGAUGGAUGGGAAUCGAGGUGCGAAUGGAGAGAUUACCAGUGUCAUCACCAGCACGGCUGUGGCAGAGCGCUCUGGUAAUUAGCCUAACAUUGAUUGAAACUAUGGAAGGCUAGAGCGCGUGUGUGUGUGCCAGUGCGCGUGCCAAUGCAAUAGAUUAAGUGAUAGAGUAGAUAGAGCUAGUAUGUAAACGCAAGGUACCAAAUAUGUAUCCGAAGCUAAGACAAAUGUACAGCGGUGGGCUGGGAGCUUUAUAGAGUAAUUCGUAAUAAAAAGGACAGUGCACUUAAAAACCUA